AUGGGUUCUUCCACCUUCACUGUGGUCCCCUCGGCCACCCGGCUGGGAGACCACAGGGUGCAGUUUGUGCCCCACCCCGCUCUGCGCCCUGACCCUCUCGCUCUGUUUCAGAAUGCCGUGCUGCACUACCCAUGGUGGGGUACCUUCUCGCCCACGCCGUUCCCGGCCUUCUCCCGUGAAAGCCACCAGUUCAUGAGCUCCACCUCCUUCAUUGCCAGCCAGCCCUGCGCGGACACCAGCUACGGACCCUCCACCACCACCUCUAGCUUCCUGCCAAAGACGGGUGACUUUCCUCAGGAUUCCGUGUACCUCGACGACCUCUCCAACGCCUCCAUCUUCUCCUCGUCCGUGGACUCCCUCUCAGACAUCGCGGACACGCCUGACUUCCUGCCGGCCGACAGCCUCAGCCAGGUGCCCACCAUCUGGGAUGUGAGCACCGGCCCCUCCGCCCACGACAAGCUGCUCCUGCCCAGUGGGCCAUGGACAGGCCUUGAGGACCCCGUGUCCUCCCUUUCCAGCACCCCACUUCUUGUCAGCUACCAGUCUCAGAGUCAGCCUGAGGAGGAAGAUGAGGCAGAGGAGGAUGAGGGGGAGGAGCUGGGCCACACAGAGACCUACGCUGACUACGUGCCGUCCAAAUCUAAGAUCGGGAAGCAGCAUCCGGACCGCGUGGUGGAGACCAGCACGCUGUCCAGCGUCCCACCGCCAGACAUCACCUACGCCCUUGCCCUGCCUGCUUCCGACAGCGGGGCCCUGUCCGCCCUGCAGCUCGAGGCCAUCACCUAUGCUUGCCAGCAACACGAGGUACUGCUCCCCAGCGGGCAGCGGGCCGGCUUCCUCAUUGGCGAUGGCGCCGGCGUGGGCAAGGGGCGUACGGUGGCCGGCAUCAUCCUGGAGAAUUACCUGCGGGGCCGGAAGAAGUCCCUGUGGUUCAGCGUCUCCAACGAUCUCAAGUAUGACGCAGAGCGCGACUUGCGGGACAUCGACGCCCCGGGCAUCGCGGUGCACGCGCUGAGCAAGAUCAAGUACGGCGACAACACUACCUCAGAGGGCGUCCUCUUCGCAACCUACUCCGCCCUGAUCGGGGAGAGCCAGGCCGGCGGGCAGCACCGCACGCGCAUCCGCCAGAUCUUGGAGUGGUGCGGGGAGGCCUUCGACGGAGUCAUUGUGUUUGAUGAGUGCCACAAAGCCAAGAAUGCCAGCUCCACGAAGAUGGGCAAGGCCGUCCUGGACCUGCAGAACAAGCUGCCCCUGGCCAGAGUGGUCUACGCCAGCGCCACAGGUGCCUCCGAGCCCCGGAACAUGAUCUACAUGAGCCGCCUGGGCAUCUGGGGCGACGGUACACCCUUCCGAACCUUCGAGGAGUUUCUGCACGCCAUCGAGAAGAGGGGUGUGGGUGCCAUGGAGAUCGUGGCUAUGGACAUGAAGGUCAGCGGCAUGUACAUUGCUCGCCAGCUCAGCUUCUCCGGCGUCACCUUCCGCAUCGAGGAGAUCCCACUGGCCCCAGCCUUCGAGCGUGUCUACAACCGUGCGGCCCUGCUGUGGGCCGAGGCCCUGGGCGUGUUCCAGCAGGCAGCCGACUGGAUCGGCCUCGAGUCUCGCAAGUCCCUGUGGGGUCAGUUCUGGUCGGCUCACCAGCGUUUCUUCAAGUAUCUCUGCGUUGCUGCCAAAGUGCACCGGCUGGUGGAGCUGGCCCGAGAGGAGCUGGCCCAGGACAAGUGUGUGGUCAUCGGGCUGCAGUCCACGGGCGAGGCUCGGACCCGGGAGGUGCUGGACGAGAAGGAUGGGCAGCUCGACUGCUUUGUCUCUGCUGCUGAGGGUGUCUUUCUGUCACUCAUUCAGAAGCACUUUCCUUCAACCAAAAGAAAGCGAGAGAGAGGAGCAGGCAGUAAGAGAAAACGGCGGCCCCGGGGCCGCGGGGUCAAGGCGCCCAGGCUGGCGUGCGAGGCGGCAGGCGUGAUCCGCAUCAGUGACGACAGCAGCACGGAGUCAGACGCCGGCCUGGACAGUGACUUCCACUCCUCCCCCGAGUCCGUGCUGGACGACGACGUGGUCAUCUUGGACGCCGUCGGGCUGCCGGCCGAUGACCGCGGGCCCCUGUGCCCCCUGCAGCGGGACCCACACGGCCCCGGCAUCCUGGAGCGUGUUGAGCGGCUAAAGCAGGACCUGCUGGCCAAGGUGCGGGUGCUGGGCCGGGAGCUGCCUGUUAACACUCUGGAUGAGCUCAUCGACCAGCUCGGAGGCCCGGAGCGAGUGGCCGAGAUGACCGGCAGGAAGGGCCGCGUGGUGUCCAGGCCCGACGGGACAGUGGCCUUCGAGUCUCGGGCAGAGCAAGGCCUCUCCAUCGACCACGUGAACCUCAGGGAGAAGGAGCGCUUCAUGAGUGGGGAGAAGCUCGUGGCGAUCAUCUCCGAGGCCUCCAGCUCCGGCAUCUCCCUCCAAGCUGACCGCCGCGUCCAGAACCAGCGGCGCCGGGUCCACAUGACGCUCGAGCUGCCCUGGAGCGCUGACCGUGCCAUCCAGCAGUUCGGCCGGACCCACAGGUCCAACCAGGUCUCUGCCCCCGAGUACAUCUUCCUCAUCUCUGAGCUGGCUGGGGAGCGCAGGUUUGCCUCCAUUGUUGCGAAACGGCUGGAGAGCCUGGGGGCUCUGACCCAUGGGGACCGCCGUGCUACUGAGUCCCGCGACCUGAGCAAAUACAACUUUGAGAACAAGUACGGCGCCCGGGCCCUCAGCUGCGUCCUUACCACCAUCCUGAGCCAGACUGAGAACAAGGUGCCACUGCCCCAGGGCUACCCCGGAGGAGAUGCCGCCUUUUUCCGGGACAUGAAGCAGGGCCUGCUGUCCGUUGGCAUCGGUGGGCGCGAGUCCAGGUCUGGCUGUCUGGAUGUGGAGAAGGAUUGCUCCAUCACCAAGUUCCUGAACCGCAUCCUGGGGCUAGAGGUGCACAAGCAGAACGCGCUGUUCCAGUACUUCUCGGACACCUUUGACCACCUCAUCGAGAUGGACAAGAAGGAGGGCAAAUACGACAUGGGCAUUCUGGACCUGGCUCCAGGCAUCGAUGAGAUCUAUGAGGAAAGCCAGCAGGUCUUCCUGGCCCCCGGGCACCCACAGGACGGGCAGGUGGUCUUCUACAAGAUCAGUGUGGACCGUGGCCUGAAGUGGGACGAGGCUUAUGCCCGGUCGCUGGAGCUGACGGGCACCAACGAUGGCUUCUACCUCUCCUUAAAGGUUCGGGGCAACAAGCUGAGCUGCCUCCUGGCCGAGCAGAACCGCGGCAAGCACUUCACCGUGUACAAGCCUAACGUGGGUCGGCAGAGCCAGCUGGAGACGUUCGACAGUCUGUGCCGGAAGUUCCGCCGGGUACGCGUGGGGCCGAGGGGCCGGGUCCGCGUGGGGCCGAGGGGCCGGGGCCGCGACAUCAACUUCAAGGAGGUGUUGGAGGACAUGCUGCGUUCCCUCAACGCCGGGCCGCCCUCCGUUCCCCCUGGGCCGGGCGCAGGGGCAGCAGGGGUGCCCGGUGGGGGCGGGGGCGCUGAGCGGCAGAGCGUCAUCCAGUUCGGCCCCCCCUUUCCAAACUCCUAG